ACUGCACUUUCUAUUGGUCGCUCAAAUUCGUGCGCUUGUGUUCCCUUCCAAACAACAUCUUUUGACUUUGCACCCUAGUUCCAACAAUUAUUUUAGUAAAAAACAAAAAUGAAGGUGAGUGUUGCCAACUUGGAUAAUGCCCUCAUAAGUCUGGAGGUGAGUCCGGAGAUAGAGUUGGAGAACUUUAAAGUCUUGGUGGAGAUGGAGUUAGGGCUGUCGGCAAGUGAGUGUGUCAUCCUCUUCAACGGAAGACCCAUGCUGGACAUGAAGAAGACUCUGAGUGCUUACGGCGUAUCCGACGGUGAAGUCCUCCUCCUCCAGCCGUUGCCGACGAUGCCACCGCAGAAUCCGCAAUCACAAGCUCGACUUCCUGACUUCAGCAAUAUCAGAGUACCUGGGUCUUCUCCAAGAGGACCUAGGCCAACUGGUGCUGGGCCAUCCACUAGACCAGUUCCAAGACCAGGCCCCAUUGAAGAGGACCCAGCUAGACUGAUGGAGAUGCUGAAGGCCAACCCAGCUGAGGUGGCUAUUUUGAAAGAGAACAACCCACCUUUAGCGGAAGCCCUAAAUGAAAACAAUCUACAAAAAUUCACAGAGGUGCUUGAUAGACAGCGGAAGGAGAGAGCCGAGCGUGAAAGACAGCGGAUUCUCUUACUAAAUGCCGAUCCGUUUGAUCUCAGUGCACAAACUAAGAUAGCUGAAGCUAUAAGGCUGCAGAAUGUAGAAGCCAAUAUGGAGACAGCCAUGGAGCAUGCACCAGAGAGCUUUGGCCAGGUCAUAAUGCUCUACAUCGAUUGCAAGGUCAAUGGUCACCCUGUGAAAGCUUUUGUAGAUUCAGGAGCCCAGAUGACGAUCAUGAGUCAAGCGUGUGCUGAGAGGUGUAACAUUAUGAGACUGGUAGAUAAACGAUGGGCGGGCGUGGCCAAGGGGGUCGGCACCCAAAAAAUCAUCGGCAGGGUACAUCUAGGUCAGAUUCAAAUAGGUGGUGUCUACCUACAGUCAUCAUUCUCAAUUCUUGAAGAUCAACCCAUGGACAUGCUUCUUGGUCUUGACAUGCUUAAAAGACAUCAGUGCUGUAUAGAUCUAAAGAGGAGCUGUUUGGUGAUAGGUACCACAGGGACAGAGACACCAUUCCUCAGCGAAGCAGAUAUACCAGUAGUAGACCGCAACAGCCAAGGUGUGCCAAUGGACGUGAGAGAAGCGGAAGAUAGGAGUCUAGCAGAAGCAUUGGCUAAAUCAGCAGCAGAAUCAGGUGGGCCUUCCACUUCAGGGGCGACUGGCUCUGGUGCCAGCCUAAGUUCAGGCAGGGUCUUGGGAUCACCUGCAACCUCCGAUUCGUCAUCAUCAUCAUCUGCUGGCACCGCCACUCGAAUGUUCCCAGAAGCAGACGUCAAAAAGCUUGUUGACAUGGGCUACCCUCGCGACCUAGUCCUGGCAGAACUCCGGAAAACAGGGGGCAAUGUGAACAAAGCCAUGAUGGCACUCUUUGCCAAGUCAGUAUCAGUCCCAAAGCGGUGACCCACCCGCGAAGUAUGAACAGUGUGCUGGGCAGGAUGUCAUUCCAAGAAAUUUUUGCGAGUUUUGAUAUAUACGCUUUUGUUACAGUGUCUUUGAUUUUUCGCUUCAUCAACGUGUCAAUGUCUCAGCAAGUCAAGUGCUUCCAACUGCUACAAUAAAGAAACGUGUCAACUCUUUUGAGUUUUAGCACGCUUGAAAAUCCUGCGACCUGAUCCAAGCAAAUCAUGGAUACAAUUUGUAGCCAUCGCCCCAUAAAAUAGAACAUUCUAUCAGCUUUCAUCCUAAUGUCUUAUUGUCUUAAUGAUUGUAACAUAGGGUAUUAAUAUAGUAAGGGGUUAAAGGUGCUCCUAUAUUACCCCUGCUAAGCCAGGCUACCUAUUUUGAUUCUGAACGCUUUUUGAGGAAUUCUUUCCUGCCAAUCACAUAAAACUUCUAGCUUAAGAUUUUAGUACUCGAUCUUUGUGAAUAAUAUUUGCAAAGAUGGAGGCUGAUGUCCUCUCAGUUAUUAUAGAAUAAUGAAUAAUAAUG